AUGGCUCAAAAGUUAUCUGAUCCUGGUAGUUUCAGUAUCCCACGCACAAUUGGAAGUUAUUCUUUUGCUAUAGCAUUGUGUGACUUGGGAGCCAGUAUCAACUUGAUGCCCUUGGCAAUAUACACAAUGUUAGGCAUUGACAGAGCUAGACCAACCACAAUGUUACUGCAACUGGCUGAUCGCACAGUGAAAAGGCCAACAGGAAAUCCGGAUGAUGUGCUCGUCCAAGUGGAGAAGUUUGUAUUUCCUGGUGAUUUUGUUAUUUUUGACUACCAAGUUGAUGAAGAAAUACCCAUAAUUUUGGGAAGGCCGUUUUUAGCUACUGAGAGAGCAUUGAUUGACUGUGAGGCUGGAGAGUUGAAAAUGAGGUUGAAUAAUGAAGAAAUAAUAUUCAAUGUUCAAUAA